AUGAAUUUAACAUAUAUGAUCCAUCCAAAUAAUCAUCUAACAAAAUUAGAUAAUUUCACAAUAUCAAAUAUGGAAUCAUAUAGUUCAAAACUUGAUCAAGAAAUUAAAUUACUUCAAAAUGCAACAACAAAAACCACAACUAAACAAACAGAUCAAAUAAAAGGAUCAUUAUCAAAAAUUAUAAAUUAUAAAAAAAUUGAAAAAAAUUAUAUACUUUCUUAUUUAAAGAUAUUGAAGUUGUUGGAAACUAUUGAUACUAAGUGUUGUACAAAUGAUUCAAAUUAUGAUUAUGAAGCUGAAGAUGAAAUUUUAGAUUCUAUUGAAGUUCAUAUGUUUGAAUUUAAAGAAUUUGAAAAACAAUUGGAAAGUUUGAAUGGUGGGAUUAAAAUUGGGAUGAAGGGAAUUGAUAGUACAAGUACUACAAGUGCUACAACUGCUAGUACAGGAACGACGUCAGGAACGAUCAAGACUGUUGGUACUACUACUGGUGAAUCUUUGGUUAAAGAAUGA